ACAGUGUUUAGAAAUAUCCUUUAGAAAGAUUGUCGUGUACAUUUCUCAUUGGGCUGUUUUGAUCUCAUGUUUACUCGUUUUGGGCGAGUUGGCAGGAAAGAGACGGAAGGAACCAUCUCGGCUGAUGACGACGGUGCCCGAGCGAGAGAGCCGUCGCAAACAUCAGUCGGAAAACAGAAUCCUACUCCCAUUGAGGCACCCCGGCGUGAGCGAGCGGAACGAACGGCUGGGCGAUUGGGUGCGCCGCGACGCAACCGAACAGUGUUUAUGACAGCUGCUUUUGACAUACCGUCUCACCACGAGCUGACUUGCUGACCGAUCCACCACCAAAACAGCCCCACACGAGCAAGCAGCCCACCAACCAUCGUUAAAAGAACAUUAUUUACGUAUUUAAUUAUUGCUGCUGCUCAAGCAAACUGGCUGCGCUUCUACUAUUAGCAGCAAGUUCGUUCGUUCGUUCGCUCGAAUCGUCGGAACGGAUGGUCAUUACUUUAUACGCCGCGCCGCGAGUGAGUUCGAUUCCGAGUGUGUGUCACCAGCAGCUUUAGGACUGUUGUAGGAAGAGGAAAAUUUGCAUGUGUUGUGAGAAACGAGCAUCGUCUUGUCGUCGGAGUGAAGAGUGAAUAGUGCGCUGCAGCAGCAGUCGACGGAGAUCUCCGGGAGUCAAUUAAUUGGGGUACCUAGGUGGAAGCUAGCUCUUCGGUAGGGCCAAGCUACAUAUCUGCGUUUACAAAGUGUGCCAUCAAAUAGCAGUUCGUUGUCUAGUACCGAACGACGACGGCGACGACGACGAGAGGAAGGUGAAGGUCGUACGUCCAACUGAGAAUCGUCAGUUUCUGGAAGCGAAAAAGGCAAACGUCGAAGCUAGUAGCUCUAGUUGAGCGUGAUUACGGAAGUUCGAUCGCGCGUGAGAGACAGAGAGCAACCCGUUCAAGAUCAAUGCCAAAGGCGGAGCAGCAGUACUAGACGCAGAAACGGGACGGCAGUAAAGUACAACUACAACUAUCAAUCACCUCGAAGAGAGUAGCACAUAAUGAGACUCGCUCGAUGAUAGUGGAUCGGUUUUGGCUUUUUAGUUUUGAUUUUCCGUCUGGAAUCUUCCGGGGGUACAAGUCGGUUCGGUUCUAAAACAUCCUAAAUCUUAGUGUUCCGUCGUGUCGUGGACGUACAACGACCUUGUGUGAGAGUGCGUGCGUGUGUGUGGCGUGGCAGCAGAGGGCGCGAGGAAAUGAAACCUCCCCAAUUCGUACGAGCAAUCGGAAGCUGGCUUCCCGUGACUUUACUGCUGCUGCUAGUCGUGUUUGUGUCGUGCUUCGGCGCUGCCGAUGACAUACAACCCAACUCAAGGCAAACCUAUUCAGCACAACAGCAUCAACAUCAACAGCAACAGCAUCAGCAGCACAAAGUUCCCUCACAUCAGCAGCAGCAGCAUCAUGAUCAGCGUGGCAGCAGCAGCAGCAGCAACAGCGGAUCUCGAGGUGAUUCGGUAGGAUCACCUGCUGCCAGCUCUGCUGCUAAGGCGGACGGAGCCGGUGCAGACAGUUCAAAAUCGUCACCUUCCGGUGGAGGAGGAGGCGGUGGCGGCAGCAGCAAUCGGAUGCUGGAGACCCGCAACUCCUACGCCGUGCUCAGCCAGGCUAUGUCCCAAGCCGUUCAUCAUGAAUUCGAUUUCUUGUUUUUGAUUUCAGGCACCUACGGGAGCGGUUCGGCCGACGGUGCCUGCAGUGCCGACGAUGUGGACUGCAUCGCCCACCACGAUCACCUCGGGAUGGAAGCGAUCCGCAGCCUGCACCAGCAGCUGGACGACGACGACAACGGUGACAUCGAUCUGUCCGAGUCGGAUGAUUUCCUCCGUGAGGAGCUCAAGUACGACAGUGGGUACGAGAAGCGCCACAAGGCGUUCCACUUCAACGACGACAUGCACAUCUCGGUGAAGGAAUUGUGGGAGGCGUGGCUCCGUUCGGAAGUACACAACUGGACCGUAGAUCAGACGACCGAAUGGCUCGCGCAGAGUGUCCAACUGCCGCAGUACGUGCGUCUGUUUCGGCUGCACAAGGUCACCGGGAAGGUGCUGCCCCGGCUGGCGGUGAAUAAUAUGCACUACGUGAGCAAUGUGCUCGGGAUCAAGGAUCCCAUCCACAAGCAAAAGAUCGCCCUGAAGGCGAUGGACGCAGUGCUGUUUGGACCACCGAGAGAAACCGGUACCCGGUGGAAGGAUUUGCUGUUGGUGACGCUACUGCUGACGGCAAUCAUCGGUAGCUGGUACGCCUAUCAGCAGAACAAAAAUGCCAAAAUACACCUAAAGCGGAUGGCCAAGGACGUGGAGGGACUGCUCAAAGCCGAAGUGGCACUGAAGGAUAUGCAGAAGGAACUAGAACGAGCCCGCCUGGAGCAGGAGAAUGUCGACAAAGAGAAAAUGGACCUGGAGCGGCGUCUCCGGGAGGCUCCGACCCUGUCGUCUUCCAACUCGGACCUGGAGGUCCAGCAGCUGAAGCAGGAAAUCGAGAUGCUCCGGUCGGAGCUGUCCCGUGCGGAAGUCGAAAUCAACGACCACUGCUGGACGCCACCUCAGGGCCUGCAGAACUGGCUCCAGCUGACGUUCGAGCUGGAGAACAAGCAGCACGUCCGGAAGCGGGUCCUGGCCGAAAAGCAGCUGAUGCAGGCCCGGGAGGCCUGCGAGAAACUGAGGAAGAAACGGUCCAGCCUGGUGGGGGCGUUCGUGUCGACGCACGGCAAGAGCAUCGAUGACGUGGACCGCAGCAUCGUGGAGGCCCGGAAUUCGCUGAACGACGUGACCAACGAUCUGCAGGAACGGAUGUUCCGGUGGAAGCACAUCGAGAACAUGCUCGGCUUCAGCAUCGUCAACAACAACGGGCUGUCCUACCUGGAGAAUCUGCUGUACAAUCGAAACGGCGGUGGCAGUAAGAGCUAUCGAUCUCGUCUAUCCAGCAGCCAGGACGACCUAGAUGACGACUCGGUGCAAGGUUUGUACGAUGGCAUCUGUAGGGGCGGCCGGGACGAUUCGUCGGCCAGCGACGACGGUGACCGUGGCGAACGGGACACUGUGACCUUCAUCGUCGGCGGCUGUCCGUCCACGACCAGCAUGCAGAUCUCGGCGCUGAAUCCACUGAACACGGGCAUCGUAUCGCCGGCAACGGCAGCGGCCUACCUGAACAGCAAUAGCCAUCUGUCGGGUGGAUCUCCCGCGUUCCAACACUAUCACAGCAGCAGCAGUAGUAACAACCUGCUGAAUCACUCCGGGUCCGUGUCCUCCACCACCCCCUCGUCACCGUUUUCCUAUGGCGGUGGCGGAUCCUCACCGCUCAUCGCCAACCAACAGCAGCAGCAGCACCAUUCGAGCAUGAAUGAUAGUUCGCAAAGUCUGCAGGACGAAACCCUGAUCUCCUCUUCGAACGAGCGGAUCGUGCCGCCCCGUUCGAAGAAGGCCCCCAUCAAACCACCCUCGAUGGCACCGAACAGCUUAGGCAAGACGCCGAUGCCGCCACCGCGGAAGAGCUUGUCUUCCCAAAGCCUCUUUUCGAUGGCGCACUCCGCCGCAAGCUCGGACCUGGCGCCCCUGGAAUCCCCAACGUUAUCUCUUCCAGCGGCAUCUGCGGGCCUAUCGCCGUCGUCGCCAACGGGUCCAGGACUGGGAACUUCCGCCUCUGCGGUACAGCUCCAGCAGUUCACUGAUAGCGGCGUCAACGGAUCUCGACAGCUACUACAACAAACGGCGGCAUCGCGGGACGGUAGUGUCACUUCCAGCUGUGCCAUCUUCCCAUCCACUGUCAACACCGCGGGUGGCGGCGGCGGCAGUAGCAGUAGUCCGUCCCCGAUCGGCAUCGGCACAGCUGUCCAGCCCGAGCUGGACACCUACUCGACCGAUUCGUCCACCUUCGAUGAGGACGUUAAGCGACGCCGGCGGAAGUUGCACUUCCCUUUCGGAAAGAAGUUUAGCAAGUCUAAGAAGACCCAAUGAAAAAGGUGAGUGCCGGGCGUUGUCGUCGCUGUUGCGCUGGAGUGGUGGCGAGAGGCGGAAAAGCGUCUGACAAAGGUGGAAGGAUGCUGCGGCUGCUUCUGCUGCUGUUCGGAGAAUCGGUAUGAGCAGCGAUGUUGCAAAGAUGAAAUGUGAUUUUAGAACGUGGACUCGUAACGCGGGUAAGCUAACCCCGUCCCGUGGGUGUGUGUUUGUAGGCGUAUGUAUGUGUGUAUGAUCGAUCUAGAUUGUCUGAUUUUUGAUGGGUCUUUGUUCUUUGUUGAGUUUUUCUUUCAGUUUGAAACUAGUAUGUUAAUGGCUGUUUUCGUAAAUUUCCUGACUAGAGAAAAAAAAAAACUAAAGUUUGAUGUUGUGACGUAGCAAACAAAUAUGGUGACAAAGAAUUUAUUGGACACUAGAAGGAAGAAGGAAGUAAGACGAGUAAGAGGUUUGCAAUAAUAUAUUACCUUUCCUCAAUUCAACUGAAAAACUCAACUAAAGUUAAAUUUGGAGUAUCAGUGUCUGUUGAACUGCAAAGAGAAAAGCAAACACACUCAACUAUUUUCUUUAAGGGUCUUACCUUUCCUAGGAAUGAGCAAACGAGCAGAACGUUGACUGCUUAUUAUAGAGCGCGCAAGUUGAGAAAACGGAUUAAAAGUCUGACAGAAUUUUAGUGUUUUAAAUGUGGUAGGGAAACUAAAGUCUUCUGUUUUGUUUUAUUAGUUGUAACAUAUAGCAUCUAGCAAACAGUAGUAGGCAAAUAAGUGAAAAUCUAAGCAAUUGUUAAAGGGAAAACAAAACGAACACAGUAGCACAAUUUUUUAGUUUUGUGUUGAGCAGAGAAGGUGUUCUUAUACAUAGGUACAGACACAAGCAGAGAAAUCAUGGCAUCGUCGUCGAUUGGUUUUUGAUCGACUUUUAACUUUUUGCGUCCACUUUUUUUUUGUCUAAAACAUAACAUUACUUUGCCCUUCCAUUAGAAAAUGCCAACCCGGAGUGAUGGGAGCUGGUCGAUGAAGUUACUUAAGCUACAUACUUAAAAACGGUCUUCGAUGAAAACGAGUGACUGUUCCUUCGCAGUCUAACAUUGCGGCAUUGUGUACGUAUGAAUGUGUUUGUGCCGUUGGAAGAUCAGCAAGUGCUUCUUCAAUUCUUAAAACGUAGUUGCGAUUUGCAUGGAAAUCGUUUGUUUUUAUGUCCCUCGUAGAACUUUAGUUAUUUUUGAUUGGAAAAACAAAUGCUAAAUGGAGGACAUUGAAUUUCCGCACAAAUCCUAGAACUCUAAACUUUCGAAAAAAAAAAGAUCAUCCGUAGAAGCCUCUCAAAUUCCCCUCAAAGGCCAAAACAAAUUCUGCAAAUCCAAAUGUUUAGAGGUCAUCCCAUUUUGUUCUUUUUUUCGGACUUGCUCUGAAACUGUCUUCGGGACAGGGCCGUCGCGUAACCUCACGUACCCAAAUCGGUUCCAAUUGCACCGAAUUUUCUAGUUUCACUUAGUUUUAUCUAUUUAGGCAAUAUUUGUUUUCAUUUGUUUACGUUUUUAAAGAGGGAGAACAGGUGAAAAGUGAGGUUACGCGACGCCACUGCUUCGGGAGUUGUUCUUUGGAAAACCAAUGGGUUGGAAGCUCUUCGGGCUUGUCUUGGCGUGUCUUGACAGUGGACUGUUCGUGUAGAUCCUUUGAUAGAACCCGGAAGGACUUUUUUUUUUCAAUCACUAACGCCUGGAAGGCGACUCAACACCUGGACCCUAGAUAUCGAGCCCAUCAAUAUAUGGUGUUUUGUUGUUUUUUUUUGUUUUUAGUUUCGCGGUGGAGCGAUUGGAUUUACUUAGGGGCGCUUCAUCCCCUCUCGCUUACUAAGCUCGUGAUUAAUUUCAAGAGAAAGAAACUUAUGAAUGAGUGCUAUGAUGCUGGAUCUUGGAUUUGGAUAUGUUGACCUAGAGUUAAGGAUCGUUCGUUACGUUUUAGGUUUUUAAAAAGCUUAAACUUCACUUAACACACUUUAUUCACUUAGAAACUAAACCGAGUACACAACUGUUCGGUGAUGAAAGAGAGCGAACCACCUGCUCACUACCUAUUUAUGCACUUAAAGUGCUUACUAGGCUGUUCUACCCUACCGGCUUCCUAUUGGCGCAAUCCAUGGCGUGAUGCACCUGGAUUGCGCGCCAACUGCUGCUAUUGGCUAAUCCAACUAACAGGAUUUUCCUAACUUAGCUUACAUUAUAAUUAUUAUUAAUUUUCACUGAUUCGAUUUUUCUUGGCUGACAUUAUUUUGAGUAAAAUAUGUUUUAUAAUAUAAAUUUUCUCCAUAAAGUAGUUUAUCUUCUAUUCUGCUUCAUUUUCAUUGCCUAUUGUCUACUCGAAUGAUUUACAAUGUUAGGUAUUUUCAACUAUCUAUGACCUGUUUGAAAGAGUCCAUUAAUAUUUCAUUCAUUUUUACCUUUAGAUUUAUUUUUUUUCAUUACCCAUGCUUUUUAUUUUAGCACCUUGUCAUUGAAUAUUUUAUCGUUUUUUUUUUUUAACUAGACCGUUAUCAAUGUUAAGGCCCGCCUUAUGCUGAGAUUUGAUGGGAUGUCCAUUCAAAGUGGUUAUGCAUUUCAACGUCCUUUAUUCAUCGAAAAUGAUCUUCAUUCAGUUGCUCUUCAAGUAGAAUGAUUUUUAAUAUACUCCACCUUGUAGAAUUUUCCUUGUUCUAUGCAUCUUUUUUCUUGAUUUUUUCUUUUCGUGAAUAAUAUCUACAAACUGUGCGUUUGGAGCUGCCAAACUCUUACUCUCUUUGUCCGUAGUAUGUGAUAUAUCUGAUUCUUUCUGGUCAAUACUGUGUGCAGGGUUAUGUAACGCGAUAUUGGUUGUUAUUUCCUCCAUUUGAAUAAGUGUCUUGUCUUCGUUCUCUUCUUCAUUGCGUCACCAAUUUCCUUUCUGUCGUGGAAUUGGUGACCGGUGAGCCAUUGGAAAUAGCCGAGAUCUUCAACAUGCGUUCCCCAUGCUGCAUGGAAAACGAGUUCGCUAGCCAUGCGCUGAGUCAUAAUACCAGAUCCCUUGAUUCUUAGGGUACAGCAAGCGGAAGUGUUCCAUAUACCCAGGGCACUAUGUCCAGAGAAGUCAAUGUUUUUUACGACUCCUGGAGCAUAUUCCUCCACAUCACUACGAGCGUAUUCUUCAUUUGCAAUUGCAAACGCAUCCCAAAAUGUUUUGUAAACGGCACUUUGGAGAUAACAGAUUUGCAAGAUGAGUGCCAUGGGGAAAUGAGCCUUGUGUGAACUGCGAGUCACUCCAAACAAACACAAGUCUGCCAAAUGUUCCAUUAGCUGGGGUUCUCCAACUUUCGAACCAGCGAGAAUGUCCGCAAUAUCAUUUACAUGCGGGAUUAGUUUGAAUACUUGGCAAAACACUUUUUCCAGGUAGCCUUGUAGGUAUCAUUUUCAGUCAUGGCGAGAUUCACGGCAACUGUCAUCGGACCUAGUGCUCCUUUCAUAGAUGACUGUUUUGACGGAGCUAGAUUGGCGCCAGAUAGGGUUACUUGAUGAUACGAUUCAAGUCCAAACAGGUUGAUAGGAACUUCACACUGCGUUUGUUCUGUUUUUCUCACUGUUAUCCUGGACACCCCAACUCUUACUUCAUUCAUUCGGUCCCGGAAACAAGCGAGAAGCGUAAGGAUCGAAGAAAGAGUUCCAAUGGUCUUCCUCGAAGCUUCUGUGUUCAUAAGUUUCUGAAACGUCGACGGACUAUUCUUUAAUCCCAUUGGCAUUCGUGUAAAUUCGAAGUGCCUUUUGGGAGAUGAGAAUGCUGUUUUGGCCGCAUCUCUCGGUUGUAUCGGUACUUGAUAAGACCCUGAUCUAGGGUUGAAAAAUAUUUGCUAUCACCCAGGCUAUCCAGUAAUUCAGUGAUCAAUGGGAUCGGGUAAACAAAAGGCUUUGUGAUCAUGUUAAGUGAUCUAAAAUCGACCACUAUUCGGUAUUUCAUUUUUCCAUCAGCACCUGGCUUUUUCGGCACACAUAGUACUGGAGCAUUCCAAGGACUUUGGCUUUGUUUGAUAAUUCCUUGAUUGAGCAUUUCAUCAAUUUGCUCAUUAAUAUGUCGUUUGGUUGCUUCCGGAAAUCUAUAUUGACGUUUAUAAAUCGGCACAUUCGUUGACGUUUCAAUUUCAUGUACCGCGGCAUUUGUGUAGGUUAAGUUAUCUCCUUCCACAAAAAAAUACGUCACUAAAAUCAUAUAAUAUGUCCUUGAUAUUAUUGAAUUUUUCUAGUUUUAAGUGAUCAAGUUUCACCAGUUCUAAUAGCUUGUCCUGUCGUUUGUAACCUUUCAAAUUUUCGUAUUGUUUGUAUUCUAUAACAUCGCAAUCGAUAUUGUCAUCCAAAUUCAGCAUACAAUUCUUUUUUUUUUUUCUGUAAACCAAUCGUUUUCAGAUUGCCCUGAAAUUACGUUUUCACAUUCAGUUUUAUUAUAUAAUUCUAUGAGCUUGUCAUUGGAACUGAUUCGUUGUUGUAUUUUGUUGAUUGUGUGAACAUACUUUUUGUCAAUUUCCGAUGUAUAAUCUUCAUUUGAUUGAAAUUUAUGUGUAUGGAAGGUUACAGUUCUGAAGCCUUUAUCAAUCUGUGCUACGUACUGUUUCAAGAACUCUAUUCCAAUGAUACCUAGAACUACUAAAUCUUCCACCAGAUGAAAAGUUGCUGGAAAACUUACCCCAUUGAUUAAUAAUUCCAACUGAGCUACUCCGAGGGUUGCUUUUCUUCCAUUCUCUAUUCCUACAGUCAUACUUCGGUUCUAGAACUACUGGAAAUCUUUUAGAUGUUCACUAUACCUUAGAAAUUUUCCUGACAAAUCCUGGAAGUCCUCUGGAUUUAUCUGGGAAGAUAUCCUGAAUUAUCAUGAAAAUUUUGUUCUGAACUUUUCCUGGAAAUCAUCCGGACUUAUCCUGAUUUUCCUAUCUUGCCCAUGAAAACCUUCAGAUUUUUCCUCUACCCUCUGGCGUUGUCCCUGCAUGUUUUCCAAAUGUAUCGUAGAAUUUCCGAACUUAGUCCUGGCUGAAGGUAUUGAAAAUUUGCACUGGAAGAUCUUUGGAUUUGUCUGGAACUCACCCAGAUGUGCCCUUACAGCAUUUCUUGUUAUUGUCCGGGAAGUCUUCUGCACAUGCCAAAGUCGUCUGGACCUAUCCUAGAAUGCCAAUGAGCCUGGUCUGAUUAUUUUCUAAGCUUGUCCACUUCAGGAUCCUCUCGUUUGGAUUGGACGUUUUUGGAAGUCCUUUAGACUUUUUCUGGUAGUUCUAUCAACUUGUACUGGAAGGAGUAGGAGAAGUUGUCCCGGUUUUGUCCCUGCAGAUAUUCCAGUCUUAUCUCGGUAACCUUCCGGACUAAUCCUGGAAAGCUCUUCGUGUCCUGGAUGUUCGCCGGACUUGCCCUAGUAGUCACCUGGACUAGUACUGAAAGUUUGCCUAGAUAUGUUCUUAAAGCUUUUCUUGUCUUUGCCCUGAAAGUCUUCUGGACUGGCCAAGAAAGGGUUCUGGGCCUUCCCUAGAACAACAUUUAACCAACCCUGAAAGUGAUUUAAACUUGUCCAAUUGUGGAUUCGAUCCUGGAUUUUGUUUGUAUGGACUUUUCAUUCGAUUCUUUUUCUCGAAGUCAUCUGGAUUCGUCCUGAAUGUCCUCUAAACAUGCCAGCACUUGCCCUGAAAGUCAUCCGGAUUUGUCCUUAACGUUUUUCUGGAUUGUUCUGAAAGUCUUUUAGAUUUGUUAUUCAAUUCUUAACAUGUCCUUGAAGUUGUCAAGAGAUCCUCUGGAAGGCCACUCAGCCUUACUUGGCCAUUCUGUGGAGUUGUCCUGGAAGUUGACGUCAUCCGGGCUGGUACUGAAAGUCCUCCGGAUUUGCACUUUUCUUGUCCAUCUUGUGUUCUUGUCCAUCUCGAGUGGUACAUUUCCAUCUUGUUGGAAAUUCGCACAUAUGUUUCCUAUCCACAAAAAGGGCAGCAAACGGGAUGUGGACAAUUAUCGUGGAAUUACGUCGUUGAGCGCAGUUUCGAAGUUAUUCGAGUUAGUCAUCAUGGAGCCUCUACUCUCUCAUUGUAAGCAGUAUCUAAGUGGUGAUCAACACGGCUUCACUUCCAGUCGUUCUACUUCCACAAAUCUGCUGUGUUUGACAUCGUAUCUUACGGAAAGCAUGGCAGAGAGGACUCAAACAGACGUCAUAUACACCGACUUGUCAGCUGCCUUCGAUAAGCUAAACCAUGCCAUCGCGAUUGCCAAGUUGCAUAGACUUGGGGUCAGCGGCAACCUCUUGCGAUGGUUUCGUUCAUAUCUCACUGAUCGGCAACUGAUGGUUGCCAUUGGUGACAACCGGUUCAAUAUAUAUCUAGCUACGUCAGGAAUACCUCAAGGAAGUCACCUGGGACCUUUGAUUUUCUUACUCUACUUCAAUGACGUGAACUUGGUCAUCGAAGGCCCACGACUAUCGUAUGCAGACGAUCUUAAAAUCUACCUACGAAUCCACUCGAUUGAUGACUGUCACUUCCUUCAACGUCAGUUCGAAGCCUUUGCCAGCUGGUGUAAUUUAAACCGAAUGGUGGAUAACCCCACUAAGUGUUCAGUGAUCACUUUUACUCGGAAGAAAGAACCAAUCACAUUUGAAUACAAACUUAUCGGCACUGUAAUCGACCGUGUGAACCAUGUGAAAGAUCUGGGUGUUAUUCUGGAUUCUCAACUUACGUACAAGCAGCACAUCUCGUACGUUGUCGACAAGGCGUCUAGGACAUUAAAUUUCUCCGAUAUCUACUGUUUGAAGUCACUGUACUGUUGCUUGGUGCGAUCCAUUCUGGAAUAUUGUUCUGUGGUCUGGAGUCCAAACUACAACAAUAGUGCUGAGAGAGUUGAGUCCGUUCAACGCCGUUUUCUUCGAUUCGCUCUGCGGAAGCUGCCUUGGAGAGACCCAUUUCAUCUGCCCAGCUAUGAAAGUCGUUGGCAGCUGAUUGAACUGGAGCCUCUCCGAACUAGAAGAGACACCUCUAGGGCCCUGUUCAUUGUGGACACUUUACAAGGUAGAAUUGAUUGCAGUGCAACCUUGGGGCAAGUCAACAUUAACGUCCAACCCCGUGCGCUACGUAACAACGUUAUGCUGAGAUUGCCUCUUCAGCGCACAAACUAUGACAUGAACGGUGCAAUAGGUGGGCUGCAACGAGUGUUCAAUCGAGUCUCGGGCAUCUUCGAUUUCCAUAUGCCUCGACAGCUGCUACGAAGAUACUUCUCAUCGUUCUUUUCUGGCACAGUUAACCGUGAAUGAUUGUGUGUUUUAUUUAUGUAUUUUAUUCUUAGUUUUUAUUUUUUGAUUUGAUUUUUACCUAUAUAAGUUACUUAAAUCAUCAUUGGGGCUUUACACAGCCUGUUGAUGCAGACAAAUAAAUAAGAAAUAAAUAAAUAAGUUCUCCGGUUUCGCCCCCCUGCAGAUCUCCCAGUCUUAUCUCGGUAACCUUCCGGACUAAUCCUGGACAGUUCUUCGUUUGUGUCCUGGAUGUUCGCCGGACUUGCCCUGGUAGUCACCUGGACUAGUCCUGAAAGUUAGCCAGAUAUGUCCUUAAAGCUUCCUUGUCCUGAAAGUCUUCUGGACUUGCCAUGAAAGAGUUCUUGGCCUUCCUUAGAAUCACUCCUAACCUGCGCUGAACAUUAUUUAAACUUGUACACUUGUGGAUUCGAUCCUGGAUUUUGUUUGUAUGGAUUUUUCAUUCGAUUAUUUUUCUCGAAGUCAUCUGAAUUUGUCCUGAAUGUCCUCCGAACAUGCCUGCGCUUGCCCUGAAAGUCAUCUGGAUUAGCUCUUAAAAGUUUUUCAUGAUUAUUCUGGGAAGUCUUUUAGAUUUGUUCUUAAAUUCUUAACAGGUACUUGAAGAUAUCAAGAGAUCCUCUCGAAGGCCACUCAGCCUUACUCGAUCAUUCUGCGGAGUUGUCCUGGAAGUUGACGUGUGGACCGAAGGCGAAGAUCUCUACACUUACCCUCGACGUCAUCCGGACUGGUAUUGAAAUUUGUCGGGAGUCUACUGCACUUGUCAAGACAGUCGUCUGGACCUUUCCUAGAAUGCCAAUGAGCUUGGUCCGAGAAUUCUGCAUUUUUCCUGGAUCUUUGUUGGAACUCUUUCAGACUUAUCCUGGGAUUUCUAUGGACUUGUACUAGAAGGAGUACGAAUUUUUGUUCAUGAAAACCAUUUAGCCGGCUCAGCAAUUUUUUCAAACAUGUCCUUGACGACCUUCCAGUUUGUUUCUGUAAGUUCUCCGGUUUCGCCCCCCUGCAGAUCUUCCAGUCUUAUCUCGGUAACCUUCCGGACUAAUCCUGGAUAGUUCUUCGUGUUUGUCCUGGAUGUUCGCCGGACUUGCCCUAGUAGUCACCUGGACUAGUCCUGAAAGUUAUGCAGAUAUGUCCUUAAAGCUUUCUUGUCCUUAAAGUCUUCUGGACGUGCCAAGAAAGGGUUCUGGGCCUACCCUAGAAUCACUCUUAACCUGCGCUGAACAUUAUUUAAACUUGUCCACUUGUAGAUUCGGCCCUGCAUUUUUCUGAAUUUGUCCUGAAUGUUCUCUGAACAUGCCUGCGCUUGCCCUGAACGUCAUCCGGAUUUGUUCUUAAAAAGUUUUUCGGGAUUGUUCUAGGAAGUCUUUAAGAUUUGUUCUUCAAUUCUUAUCAGGUCCAUGAAGUUAUCAAGAGUUCCUCUGGAAGGCCACUCAGCCUUACUUGACCAUUCUACGGAGUUGUCCUGGAAGACGUGUGGAUCGAAGUCGAAAGCUUCUACUCUUAUCCUCGACGUCAUCCGGACUGGUACUGAAAGUCCUUCCAAUUUGUACUGAAAGAGCUUUGAAUGUGUCCUUGACAAUUUCCGAGGUCUUGGAGGUCUUAUGAACUAGUCUUGGUCGAUUUUUCAUGAAAAUUAUUCUUUACUUCAGGUCAUCCGGAUUUUACCUGAAAGCAAUCCGGGAUUUGUUCUUAAAGUUUGUCAGGCUUGCCCUGUACGUCUUAGGAGUGGCUUGAAUUCUUCUGUAUUUGUUCGGGAAGAUAUUAUGACUCACCAUGGAAUUCAUUCAGAUUUUUUUCUGGAAAUUCUCCAGAUCGGGGCCGUGAUAGGCUUUUUAAAAAAGGAUGAUUUUAAUUUCUUUGCAUUUAAUCACUGACUAUCAAAAUACAAAUGAACUUAACUGUAACAAAAAUGAUUAACAACUGAGCCACGUUCCCUAUCCGCUGGCCUUCUUAUCGAUUCCAUAUGCUGACUCCGCAUUCUGGAUCGGUCGUUGGCCAUUCUCGCUGACUCGACUGUAGGUCGUCCGGUCAGCCUGUUGCUACGCCGUACUCUGGUGUGUUGCACUCGUACUCUGCUGUGUAACUGUAGGUUUUCCAGACUUAUUUUGGAAAUCUUCCGGACAUGUCCUGGAAGCCCUGGAAUCCUCUUUUGCCUUUACACAGUCUCUUGUGUUGUAAACUUCACAAGCCCAAAGAAAUUUAAAGAAAUUUAUUGGUUUUCAGGAUAGUUCCAUUUGUUUCAGGAGAAUUGAGUAAACUUUAGGAAAGCUUUGAGAACAUCAGGUCAUAUAAAUUCAAGGAAAUUUCUGAACCUUUGAAUGAGUUUAGAGAAACUCAGGCGAUUUCCGAAAACUUCAGUUAAGUUCCGAGAGGUUCAGGAAAAUUUUGGAAACGCAAGGGUAGUUACAUGAACAUUAGAAAAUUGUGACAACAUUUUAAGGGAAGCUCUGUGUUUUUUAUCGGCAGUUUCGGGAACUUUAAAAAAAUUAAAAAUCGGGAAGUUCAGAGAACCCAGAAAUCUAUUUCUUCCACAUAUUUUCCCAUUCCUUCCCUCUGGCGUCCGACUUUUUCCAGAAGUUUCUUCCAAUCUACCGUAGGAAGUUUCUCCCAGUGUGGGAGUUUCUUCCGUCUUCUCCAGGAAGUUCUUUCGUCUUCCUCUGGGAGUUUUUUCCGGAUCCUCCGGGAUUGGCUUCCGAUUUACAAACUUUUCUGGCUUCUGGAUUUUUUCCGAAAGCUUCAAAAAAAAUUUCCGAUAUCGUUUAGAACUUCCUUCAAACUUCCUCCACGACAUCUUUUUUAUUCUUCCUCUGGAAGUUUUGUCGGUACCUUCAAAAGACUAAUUCAAAUAUUUCCCAAAAAUUGCUUCCGACUUACAUGGAAAGUACAUCCUUUGAUUUUAGUCCAAAAGUUUGAAAUUUUUUUAAAUAUAUUAAAAUAGUGAAUACUGAUAAAUACCGAUUUUUUAUCAUUUGAUAUCGAUAAUCAUGAAAACAAUCUGGCAACGCUGCUUGAGGCUUCGUGCAUUUUGACAGAGAUUUGUUUACGUUUCAAAUUAUUUCAAACUGUUACAGAACACUUUUCAGUUGCGCACAAGUUUUAUCAAACAUUUCAAUGGCACAAAUACAUUCAAAAGAGGACAACCGGUGCACAACGCCUAACAGGAAAACAAUCAACUUAAGGGCACUACUUAACCAAACAACAAAGCAAUCGACCGCUUCCAAUCAACUCCUGUUCGUUGCGCAUAAUUUCCUUUCAUUCGUUCGACGGGAAGAACAAGUUAGCAACUAAAUUUUCUCGGAAAACAAGCGUCCAACAAUGCAAAUUUAAGCAUACGGUUACAAUUUGUUGAGCAAUGUGCGGAUGGAGGAGAAAGGCAAUCAAAUUACGCUUCGUCUCUCCAGAAGCAGGUCCACAUGAUCAUUCCAUGAUUAACAUUGAUUUGACAGCGACAGAUGUUGUCGUAAGAAUAGUAGGCGUUUUUAGAAGCAGCAGAACUUAAUACACACAAACACAACAGCAGUGAGAAUUUGAUUGAUCAUUCUUCAAAUCUUCAAAAUGUUCGGUCUAAACAUUGCACUGAUUAGUAUUUGUGAUUUACUUUCUUUUCUUUAAAUGUCGUAAAAACACGUGAAUGGGCGAUGUGACAGAACAAAACAAAAAUCGAAGGGGAGCAGAAACUUAACCUAUUAAUUAGGGUUUAAUUUAAGUAAAACAAACAAACAAACAAACUAAUAAGCAAAACAUAGCGCAACGUUUGUCUGUGUGCAGACAAACGAUAAAAAAAAAGAUGGUAUUAUUAUGAAUAAUAAUCAAAUGACUAAAGUUUAAGAGAGACACCGGAAAAAAAUGAAGGUUAAGUAGGGUCGUUUACAAAUUAUGAACAUUGAUGACAGCAAAUAAAUAACAAAGAAGAAAACAAAUAAAAACAAGAAAGCCAAGAAGGAAACGAUAAACACCACUCCAAUUAUCCUAACAUACACUGAACAAAAUCACCCACUUGUUUUUUUUCUGUUAUUGAUGGCGAAGAGAGAGAGCGAGAAAUAUUUUUUCCUAUUAAUUUUAGUGUAGAGCUGUAGGAACGACGUCUGGUGUGUAAUAAUGUCCCCCCCCCCGCUCCCCCUCCCUAUGAGUGGCACCUUGAUAGGGGUAGUUUCCGUUGUUAGGCUUAGGUUAGGUGGGGUAGAAUCUAUUGUUUUUGAUUUAAUAACAACACUUAUUUACAAUUAUCUUUAUUUUAUUUAUUAGCUUUUUACCACACUGAAACAAAACUAGACGAAUAUUUAUUUUCACUUAUUUUCUUUUCCUAGUAGCAGACUUAGGUUGUAGAGGUCAGUUUUCGCACGAGCUUUUUCGCGCUAAUCUCUCUUUGAACGAAUAGACUAUUGUAAAAAGAAACUCACUUCAAUUACUGUUGUUAUUUUCCCGUUUAAAAAAACACACACACAAACACCUAUGCAAUAGUAGUGUUGCAGCGCGGGUGGAAAGAAACGGAUAAAAAAAAGAUAGACUCGUAGGCAAUAGUAGAAAACAAAUCAAUUGUUACAAAGAGAAAAAACACAAACUAACUGUAAAACACAUGACAGGAGAAAGCAAACGAAAAUAUAGGAAAAAUCCUAAAACAAAAA